AUGGACUUUCAAUCAAUGAUGCAGCAAACUCGGAUGGGAGCAGGGGGUGCCCCCGGUGAUGCUCCCCAAAAUGACAACGCCGAAAUGGUCUACAUCUCCUCGCUUGCACUCAUCAAGAUGCUCAAACACGGCCGAGCUGGUGUACCUAUGGAAGUAAUGGGUCUCAUGCUUGGAUCUUUCAUCGACGACUACACCGUUUCUGUAAUCGACGUCUUUGCCAUGCCUCAAUCGGGUACCGGUGUAUCUGUCGAAGCCGUCGAUCCGGUAUUCCAGACGAAAAUGCUUGACAUGCUCAAGCAAACCGGUCGACCGGAAAUGGUGGUCGGUUGGUACCACUCCCAUCCCGGUUUCGGCUGUUGGCUCUCCAACGUCGAUAUCAACACCCAGCAAUCUUUCGAACAGCUCAACCCUCGUGCUGUUGCCGUCGUCGUCGAUCCUAUCCAGUCGGUCAAAGGCAAGGUGGUGAUUGACGCUUUCCGUCUGAUCAACCCUUCAACCGUCAUGCUCGGCCAGGAACCUCGACAGACUACAUCGAAUAUUGGUCACCUGAACAAACCCUCGAUCCAAUCGCUCAUUCACGGUCUCAAUCGUCACUACUACUCGAUCGCAAUCGGCUACAGGAAAACAGAGUUGGAACAGAGCAUGUUGAACAACCUACACAAGAGGAAUUGGACCGAAGCCUUGAGGUUGAGAGACUUUGCAGAACACAAGGAGAACAACAGAAAGGCUAUUGAGAGGAUGCUGAGUUUGAGUGAGGCGUAUAACAAGUCGGUGGAAGAGGAAAGUACCAUGACUGCCCAACAGUUGAAGACGAGACACGUGGGUAAACAGGAUCCAAAGAGACAUUUGGAAGAUGCCGUGGAACAGACCAUGGCCGAUCAGAUCGUGCAGAGUUUGGGGACCAUGCUGUUGGCUGAGUUGUGA